AUGCCGCUGUUCUCUGCCUCUGCAUCCGGUAAUGGGAAUAACACUGGUGGUGCUGAAGAGAAGCCAUUAAAUUUGCCCUUUGAUCCGCCACCGCUCCUCCGCGUGGAUCCUGUCGCGGUUCUGGUGGGCCACGAAGACCGCGUUUGGUGUGUUUCCUGGUGCCCCACAGCGAAUGUAUUGGCCUCAAGUUCUGCCGAUAAAACAGUAAAGCUAUGGAGCUGUUUGCACCACGCAAAAGCUGUUGAUGAACAACACCAGCAGUAUCCGCAGAAGGGUCUUUCGUGGGAGUGCAUUCACACAUUGGCGGGUGAACACAGUCGAACGGUUCGUCAUAUUUCAUGGAGUCCCAGCGGUGAGUACAUCGCUUGUGCUUCAUUUGAUCGCACAGCAACCGUUUGGAAACGGGCAUCGGAUGAUUUGAACCGAUUUGACUUUGAAUUGGAGGCCAUCCUUGAUGGACACGAAAGUGAAGUAAAGUGUGUGGCGUGGCUAACAGACAGCACAUUAGCGACGUGUUCGCGCGAUCGAACUGUUUGGGUGUGGGACCGAGUGGAUGUCGGUGAAUUUGAGUGCGCUGGCGUUCUUGCAGGACAUGCCCAAGACGUGAAGGCAUGUGCCUGGAUACCUCCUAUCGAUGGAGGUGCGAAGCCACUUCUGCUUUCAUGUUCUUACGACAAUACUGUGAAGGUUUGGGCUGAGUCUCAUCGUCGAGAUGACUGGCACUGCUUUCAGACAUUAACGCGGCACGAUGAAACGGUCUGGUCUGUUGCUGUGCAGCCUGUCGAGCAGUCCAUUGAGACCCUACGUGCGGAGGAGGAGGAAGAGGGAGGGGAGGCACAACCUGCAUGCCAGCCCAUCAUCUGUUGUUGUUCGGACGAUAAGAGCGUGACCUUUUGGAAGCGCAACGCUGAAGGAAAGUUUCACGUGAUUGUUACGGCCACUGGCUUUGCAGAGCGUUCCAUCUACACGGUUGGUUGGGCCCCUAGCAACUGCGGUGCCAUCGUGGCGUGCGGCAGUGGUGACAAUAAAAUUACACUUCUGGGCCUUUACCAGUCACGUGGGUACAACGAGGUGCACGUUACUGUACUCGCGGAGCUGCCGUCUGCUCAUGAGGCGGAUGUGAACAGUGUCGCAUUCUGUUCAAUUGUCAAGGGGGCUCUGGAUGAUAACAAGGAGGUCGUCAACGACAACAACAACAACAGCAGCAGCAGCAGCAGCGGUCUGUUACUGGCUUCCGGUGGGGACGACAACAUGGUUCGUGUCUGGCGCGUGGCGAGGGCUUAG